AUGUUCUUGUUCUUGCUCACAAGGUGCUAUAUUUCUUUACCCCGAAAACCCCUACCACCGGGUCCAAAACCAUUGCCUUAUAUCGGAAGCAUAAUCGCCAUGCUACGAAAUAAGCCCACCUUCCGAUGGAUACAUAGGAUGAUGGAUGAAAUGAACACCAAGAUCCUAUGCAUUCGUCUAGGAAAUGUCCAUGUUAUAGCCGUGAGCGACCCAAAGAUAGCUUGUGAGUUCUUAAAGGACAAAGAUGGGAUUUUCUCGUCACGACCGGAUUGCAUGUCUGCUUAUCUAACAAGUGGUGGUUAUUUGACGACGGUUCUUGUUCCAAUGAGUGAUCAUUGGAAGAAGAUGAGAAAAACUCUAGCCAUGGAAAUUCUUUCGGUUGCUAAACAUAAGUGGCUUCAAAACAAGCGACAGCAAGAAUCCGACAAUCUACUUAGGUACAUUUACAACCGAUGCCAUAUUAACAUUGCAGCCACCAACGGGGUUGUGAACGUACGAACCGUAGUGGAACACUACUCAAGCAGUGUCAUAAGAAAUAUCAUCUUCGGGAGUAGGUAUUUUGGUAAAGGCAAUGCGGAUGGUGGACCUGGUGAAGAAGAGAUUGAGCAUGUUGGUGCACUUUUAACGAUUCUUAAUUAUCUUUAUGCCUUUAGUGUGACGGAUUACUUUCCAUGGCUGAGAUGGAUAACUGAUCUUGAUGGGCAUGAGAAGAUCAUGAGGGAUGCUAUUCGUACUGCAAAGAAGCAUCAAGAUUAUUUGGUUGAUGAGAGGAUACAACAAUGGAAAGAUGGAAUUAGGACUAAAGAAGAGGACUUGCUUGACGUGUUCAUCAACAUUCAAAAUACGCGAUUGACUGUUGAUCAUAUAAAAUCCCAAAUCCUUGAACUUAUGUUAGCAACAUUUGACAAUCCAUCUAAUGCAAUCGAAUGGGCAAUGGCAGAAAUGAUAAACCAACCAAGGAUUUUCGACAAAGCAAUCCAAGAGCUUGAUUAUGUUGUAGGAAAAGAUAGAUUGGUUGAAGAAUCGGAUAUACCUAACCUUAAUUAUCUCACAGCAUGUGUUAAGGAGGCUUUUCGGUUGCACCCUGUUGCACCUUUCAAUCUCCCACAUGUGUCAAUUGAAGAAACCACUAUUGCAGGAUAUUUUAUUCCAAAGGGUAGCCAUGUGAUACUAAGCCGUAUUGGGCUAGGACGGAAUCCUGAUAUUUGGGAUGACCCGUUAACUUUUAACCCGGAUCGUCACAUGAACGGUAAUAAUGAAGUAGUGUUAACAGACCAUAAUCUUCACAUGUUAUCGUUUAGCACUGGUAGACGUGGGUGCCCCGGAGUGUUGUUAGGAUCUACUAUAACUAUAAUGCUACUGGCUAGACUUGUACAAGGAUUCACAUGGGAGUUGCCAAUCAAAGAGUCACAUAUUGAUCUCAAGGAAAACUUUCAAAGUUUAGCAAAGGCUAAGCCAUUGAAAGCCCUAGCUAGGCCUCGUCUGCAACACCACCUCUAUAUACCAAGAUAUUGA